GUAAGCUGGAGAGAGAGAAGAGCCAUGAGGUGAGACAUGAGCAACACAAGUCUACAGUGGUGGUGACUGAGCUGAAGGCCAAGCUCCACGAGGAGAAGACUAAGGAGCUCCAGGGGCUCAGGGAGACGCUGCUACGGACCCACGAGCUGGAGCUGAUGAGGGUUAUCAAGAUCAAAGACGGAGAGAUCCAAAGACUACAGGCGCUGGUUUAUGCGCUGCGAGAUGGAUCCACAGACAAGGUGAAGACGGCUCUGUUUGCGGAGGCGCGUGAGGAGGCCAGGCGUGGUUUUGAGGGGGACAGGAGCAGACUACAGCAGGAGAUCUAUGAGCUGAAGGGCAUGAAGAGACAAAUGGAGGAAGCUCUGAACUUGGCCGUCCAGGCAGACAAGACCAAGGCUGCUGAGAUACGGUCCGUCUAUCAUGUACACCAGGAGGAGAUCACCCGCAUCAAGAGGGAGUGUGAGAGGGAGAUACGCAGACUG